CUGGAUAUUUGAACGGAAGACUUCUUUCUCUUCAAUGGAUAUGUAAAUAGUUCAUAUAUGUAAAUCUAAAUCAGGAUCGACUAAACGUGUGUUCAAUUAUAAAGUAAUUGUCUUAAUGCGUACAUUAUCUUGCUGUGAUUUCGACUACAGGGGAAGGUAAUUGGAAUGACUAACAGGGUAAGCAAGUCAACGACCCCCGUGUUAAACACUUCAACAUUAUGGUCACCCAAGCGUUCACUCAGGCCAGAAAUACAGGGGAGGCCCAGCUACAUUAGCAGUGGCAGCUCCGAGUCACGAUCAAGUUCUCCAUCCAGCAAAGGCAGCAAUGCCUCACAGGGCAGCUUCAGAAACAUCCUCGGUGGAACUCUGGUCUACCAGUCACCUACAACGUUUGAUGUUCUGCAGGACUACGUCGUCAUCGACAAGGACACUCAGAUGGACGAGCUGGUCAAUUACAUGUUCCGCUCCUGGAAGCUGCCCUACCCUAAAAUGAUGCUCUCGGUCAUUUCAAGCCACGAAUACUUUGUCUGGAUGAACGACAGUGAGAUAGAGGACAUUCAGAUAGGACUCAUGGAGGUAGCUCGUUUGACUGAGAUGUGGAUCUUCACCGAAGGUGUGGACAGUAGUAUGUCAAAAAUUAUAGGAGACGCUGUCGUCCAGGAGACAAUUAAACGAAGGGCCACUAUGUCCGAGGCGUCUCGCGGCAAGCUCGUGGUCAUUGGGUUGGUACCCAACAGCGAGCUGACCUACGGGGAGCAGAUAGAGGAACAGUCGUCCCCUGUGGAAAAUCAAACCAUAGUAUUCAUUAACAAUAAAGGCAAUGAAAAAAAGGAAUUGAACUGUUACCAUACACACAUGAUGCUGCUGAGGUCAACCGAUCCCACGGAUAAAGAGGCUGCUUGGAACGCCAGGUUCAACAUAGAAGCCAGACUGAUGCAGCAUGUAGAUCUCAAGAGAAAAGAGAGGGCGGCUGGUUUUUCAUUGAAUUCAGAGUCCAAGAAUAUGAAACAUACUCCGAUGGUGGGCCUUCUGAUUCAAGGGGGGCCUCAGGAAAUCGACCGAGUGCUGUGGCUGCUCAAAAAACAACACCCUGUGGUGGUGAUUAGAAAGAAAGGGUUUGCUUCCGGUUUAAUUGCUUAUGCCUGCUAUGAGGGGAUGAAGCUGGGCGGCACAAGUCAGCACCUGGAAAAUAUCGUAAAGCCACAACUAACCGAGAAGGUAACUGAAGCCUUCCCAGAUUACUGUCAGGAUAACGACCAUGCCAGACUUAUAUUGAGAGAUAAGAUUCUGGAAUGUGUCAAGUACGCAGUCCAGGGGGAUCGGCGUUUCCUUACAGUGGUCGACCCAAGCUCAAGUGAGAUUGAUUUAAAAGAUCUAUGUAAAUACAUCUUGGAUGCGUUAGUCAUGGCACACAGCUCUUCCAAAGGUUCUCGGGAAGAGAUAGGCUGGGCCCUGAAGCUUUCUCUACACUGGAACCAGUGUGACUUCGCACGAAAAAAGCUGCUAAAACCAUUGGAAGGCACGAGUAUCCGUAUCAAGGACGACCUGUUCAUGGAAGCACUACUGCUGCCCAACCGAGAGCAGUUUGUUGAACUUUUCAUGGACACUGGGAUCGUUCUCCACAGACUGGUCAGUUUAUACAAGCUUCAAAACCUCUACGAGAAGUCACUGGACAAUGACUUCUUUGAUAGCAUAUGUCUGGACAAAGUCCUCAAACUAAAAAUUACGACAGUAGAUAUGCGUUUCCUGGACGAACCCAACGGCCCGCUGGACAUUCUGAUCUGGAGACUAACUGGACUUCAGAAACAAAUGAGCGCCACCAUCAGCUUUCUGAGACAACCUUUUUCAUCCUCUGAGAAGUCGGCUGCUGAAGGUAAGACUAUUCUUGCACUGAUAUACUGGUCAGUCUUGACCAACAGGCAAUCUCUCGCCAAGGUGUUGUGGAAAAAGACGAGCGAGCCAAUAGCCGUGGCAUUGGUCAUUUCCAACAUGUUCUAUAAUCUCUCGAAGAAGUGGAUCACAGAUGUAGACCUACAGAAGAACGUCAAACAGGCUGCCAUAGAUUUCGGGACACUAGCCAUUGAGGUCAUGGACUUAACUUUCAGCGACUCGACCCUUCUAGCCUACCACGCCUUGGUGAAUCCCAUCCAGGAGUUCAACGACCGGAACGUGGUGGACCUCGCCAUGAUGGGCAACAACAUCUUUUUCAUUGCCCACCCGUGCUGUCAGCGGUCCAUGCGUGAGCGUUGGAUGGGCCACAUUCGACUGAAAUCGUUUGGGAGAUUUCCCAUAACUAUACCAGAAAACAUUAAGAUAUUGCUCUGUGUAUUUCUGGUGUUUCCGAUGUACUUCUGGCUGACCUUCGACAACAGAGAACAGAAAAAUCUGGCAGCUGAUGACUCCACAGAAGAGAAGAAAAAAUUGCAUAAGACGAAUCUCAAAAAGAAAAAGCCAACCUUUUACAACGAUCCGUUUUCAUCAGUUCCAAUAUGGCGACGAGUAUACUUCCUGUACACAGCGCCAAUCACCAAAUUUUGGAUCAAUCAGCUGUUUCUCCUGGCCUACCUCGCCCUCUUUGCCUACGCCUUAAUGAUUCCAUACUGUGGUGACCAGCUCAUCAACACGGUCCUCUGUUGCUGGACGUUUGCCAUCUUGGUGGAUCACAUAGUCGCGACAACCAGGAAAAAAAUGAAGUAUCCAUCUCUGGACUUGUUUUGGCCAAUACAAGACAUCCUCGUUGACACCAUCAUUGUGGUUCUCUUGUUGUACGACGUCCUUGCCCACAACCACUGGAUGCUUCAGUACCUUCCAAACAUCGGCUUUGCGAACUACAAGCUGAUACUGGCCGUUUGCCUCAUUUUCAGCUACUUAAGAGCGUUGAGGUACCUCUUCCCCGUGAGUCGUGACCUGGGACCGAUGUUAGUCAACAUUACUCUCUUGACCAGGAAAGAUUUGUUCAUUUGGUUUCGCCUUUGGAGUCUGUGCCUAAUCUCUGGCGCCCUGUCUAUUCAGUUCGUCGUCUACCCGGCACAAACUGUAGACAUUUACGCAAUUGGACGAGCUUUUGUGAGAGCUCUGGUGGGUCUUUUCCUCACAGAAUACGCUGACAUGGAAGGUGAUGCGGCCUGCUCCAGUCUGUAUCAGACUACUGAAGUAGCUCACACGUGUAACGCCUCUUCACUGAACCCAUAUGUUCUCGCAAGACUUGAGCAGUGCCCUCACGGUUCCUGGAUCAACUACUUCCUCCUCAUUCAGUACCUGCUCAUCACACGUCUGGUCUACUACACUCUCAUGUUUGCUAUAUUUGGAACUACUAUUGACAGGACAUUUGAUCGCUCCAUUGAAAUAUGGAAGUUUCAAUUCUACUCUCUAGUUACGGACUUUGAAGACAGGAUGGUAAUCCCCGUGCCUCUAAACCUUAUUACCUACCCUUUUCAAAUUGUAAACUAUGGCGGCAAACUGUGUAUCACUGGCCUCUUCGAGUGCGCUUCGUGUCUGCGGGGCAUACAAGAACAAUUCAAGCCUGUUUCUAAACAACAAUACUCUGUUCCUUACAACCAAUGGAAGACGUAUAUGAACACACUCGCCAAACGUGAGGCCGAGAAAGAGUUCAACAUUAUGGACGUGGUGGCUCAACUUGAAGAAGAGAAUAACCGACAGAAACUUAUGACCAGGCGACUGACUGACCGAUUAGUGGACAUUGAGCAGAACCAGAACAUGAUAGGCUUCGUCCUGGAAGGUUUACUGAACACUUUACAGUCAUUGGACCCCAAAGCCCAGGCACAGAAAGCCCAAACUCAGGCUCGACCCAUUCACAUCGCUUCCAGACAAGCGCGCUACCCUGGCACUGACAUUACACGUUUUCCUGUCUUGGAGAAAGACGUGCCAUGGGAGGUAAUCUUUGAGCAGUACGACCCAGUAACUUACUCCAAACCAACAGAGGAGUAUCCACUAGACUUCCAAAUGUGGGUUGACCCCAACGUCUUGCUGUUUCAACCCGAGGACCACGAAUACCUGGUCCGAUUUCAUCCAGAAAUGGAGUCCUCUACACUGUUAGGUCCAACUACAAAUGAAGACGAACAGCCAGUAAGCACCUAUGUCCACUUUGAGCCCCACUACAACGCUGUCCAGGUCGUGACACUGCCAAACGGCAAAGAAGGGGUCAUUGACCGGAUCUCUAUGAUCACAGUAAACAAUCAACCUUUACAGUAUGAGAUUGACUUGACGGGCGUCCCCAGGAAUCCCAUGGGCAGGACCGGCCUGAGAGGAAGGGGAAACCUGUACCGCUGGGGUCCAAACCAUAAUGUUAAAGCCGUCAUAUCCCGUUGGAAGUCUGCCGCGGCCACCGGACAACAAGCGGGCAGCAAAGGAAAUGAGAAGAAGAUGGAGAUCAUUUUGUCCCAGGAAGGUGCCGACGUGCGGACAGUGUCUUUGCCCUCAGGUAUCGUGAACUACGGUAACAACCCCUACAGUACAAUGUGCAGUCUGUUACUGAGCUCGUUGUUUAAGGAAGCUGACCUGGAUGUGCCUACCAACUUCAACGAGGAUGAAAUGAUUCAGUAUUAUAGUCAGUUCGCCUCGUCAGAGAUGCAGAAAAAGAACAAAUCAGCCUACGCUUACUACGGCUACUCCGCCAUUAUGGUUUACCGUGGUUACGAGGACGACCCUAGCAACACAGAUAACGCCUGGAGCGAGACUGAGAUCUGGAACUUUCAUUACAAAUACAAAGACUGCUUCGACAAUAAACUGAAAGAGUCUGAUAAAUCUAUGUGGAUGACCGUUGGUCAGAACAUGCCUUUGUCUCCAAUAGAGUUCGCUGCUGUUCUCGAGGCAGCCAAAAUACACAGGGCCAGUGUGUAGUUGUUAAGACUUGCCAGGGUGCGUCUGUUUGGAUAAUCAACCCUAACGAUGAGGCGGUCCAAUGUGUAACAGCUUAUUUUAUCUGUUGAUAUUAGACACAAUUCCAAUGUUUAGUUUAUGGAUUAAUACACACACAUGCCCAAACAUGUUAUA